AUGCUGUGCACUUACAAACCAAGGAUACGAAAAGGUUCAGUUUCGAAUAAGGCAGUGACUUUGAAUGUUGAUCCGAAGUUGAUACGUAAUAUUGGAAUUAUUGCGCAUAUAGAUGCAGGCAAGACGACGGUUACGGAACGCUUGUUAUAUCUUGCUGGUGCAACAAAGUUUUUGGGAAAUGUUGAUUCCGGUAAUACUGUAACGGAUUUUAUGGAGUUAGAACGUGAACGAGGUAUUACAAUCCAGUCUGCAGCAGUAACAUUAUUUUGGAAAAAACAUAGAAUCAAUUUAAUUGAUACUCCUGGUCAUGUCGACUUCACUCUAGAAGUUGAAAGAUGUCUUCGGGUGUUAGAUGGUGCUGUAACUGUCUUAGAUGCAUCAGCCGGAGUGCAGGCACAAACUAUAACUGUAUGGCGACAAGCAAAGAAAUUUUCUGUUCCAUCAAUUUUUUUCUUGAAUAAAAUGGAUAAACAAACUGCGGAUUUUUGCAGAUCUGUUGAUUCGAUAACAGAGAGAUUAGGACUAAAAAAUUCUAUCAAUGUUUGUAUUCCCAUUGCACGUAAAGAUAAGCAUUUUGUGGCAGUUGCGGAUGUAGUUAACAAGAGUUGCUUGAACUUUGACAUGGGUGACGAAGCGCGAUGGACCGAUUUGAAAGAGGACUGUUUCCAGAAACAUGAUUUUGAGAUUCCAAAAAACAACUACUAUGAUGGAAUUUCCAUGUUUAGAUUUGAACAAAUGAUGGCUGGUCGCGAAGAAAUGUUUUCAAAGUUGGCGGAUUUGGAUGAUCAUUUUGCUGAUAUAUUUUUGCAAAGCAGUAGUGAAGAUGAUGCUUUAAAUGCAGAAGCUCUUAAUGCUAUGAGACGACUUACACUUACUCAGCGAGUUGUUCCCGUGGUUUGUGGAUCAGCAUUAAGAUGUGCGCAAAGUGUAAGUCCAAUCCUUGAUUUGGUCAUCAGUUGUUUGCCUUGUCCAACAGAGAAAAAUGGUCUUGUUAAUAAAGUUUUUGGGAACGAUCUAAGUGCCCUGGUAUUUAAGAUUGGACAUGACAAAAGUCUUGGACAGCUAACUUAUGUACGUGUAUAUACCGGUGAAAUCAAGAAUAUGGAUUCGUUGUAUAAUGUUAACAAGAGCACUAUAGAAAAUAAAUUUAGUGUUCAUAUUCCACAUAGUGAUCAACUCCAGUUGACUUCAUCUGUUAAGGCAGGAAAUAUCGCAGUUUUAACAGGUAUGAAGUCUACAACUACAGGUGAUACGCUUGUCGCAAGCAAAAGAACAGCUGAAAUAGCAAAUGAAAGGCAUCAGAAGCUGACUACUGAAGAUUUUAAUGAAGUUUAUAAUUUGUUCUUCCAAACUUCUACAGGUCAUCUUGGGCAUUCAGUUGGUUCUGUAAAAUCUAUUUUGCUAUCAGGUAUUGACGCUCCUGAUCCAGUUUAUUUUUGCACUAUUGAAGCACCGUCUGAAACAUCUAAUGUUAAGUUUGAAAAGGUAAGAAGUUUAAAUGGUUAUUUAUUCAUUACUGCGUUACAAGAGCUAGCAAUAGAAGAUCCGUCUCUGCAAAUACGUUAUGACAACGAAUUAGGUCAAACUGUUAUUGGUGCAAUGGGAGAGCUGCAUAUCGAAGUUAUCAGAGAUAGACUUCGACGUGAUUAUGGCUUGAAUGUUUUUGUGGGGUCGUUGCAGGUUGCAUAUCGCGAAGUGAUUGAAAAUGAGGUUACAAAUACCACAAUUUUGAACUCUGCAUUCGGCGACAGUGAAAUGAAACACGAGUGUAGGAUUACUUUUACCCUUAAGCCGAGUAAAGAUAGCGGAAAAUUUAAGCAGGUUGUGGUACUUUUGGAUAAUAAUAAUGAAUAUGCGGGUGUUGGCAUACAUGAAAAUUGGUUGAAUGCAAUUAAUGAAGGCUGUAAUAAUGCUCUCUGCACAGGACCACUGGCUGGUUUCACAGUUUAUGAUAUUGACGUUAUACUAAUUGAUUUUGUGGCAAGCGGGAAACGGUUGAAUCCUGCAGUAAUAUCGGCUGCUGCCAGCAAGUGUGUAGCUGAGGCUUUACAAAAGGCAGGUACACACUUGUUGGAACCUAUAAUGAAUGCUGAGGUAUUCACAACAAGUAAAAGGCAUGCAGAUAUGACACUGAAAGAAGUUUAUAAGCGAAAAGGCAUUGUGUCAGAAUCUGGGAUAGAAUGUAUUGGUGAUACGUAUGUUGUUCGAUGCAUUAUGCCACUUGCUGAAUUACAAGGAUUCUCUAAAAAUAUUCGUAUUAUAACUUCGGGACAUGCAGACAUUCAUCUGGAAGUGGGUGGGUACCAAGAUAUAAGUGAGGAAAAACAAAAAGAAAUUGCAAAUUUCACCAGGAACGGGAGUCGUUGA